AUGGGGGCACAAGAUUUGAUAGCCUCAACAUGCAAGGCAACGCCAAACGUUCGACUCUGUGUCUCAACUCUGCGAUCAAACCCUAAAAGUGCCCAUGCAGAUGUUGGAGGCCUGGCCAUCCUUAUGGUCGAUGCCACGAAGGCGAUGGCGACUCAGACGCUGCAACAGAUCAAGACGCUUAAAGGGUCCACCCCACAGUUGCGGAAAGCCAUUGAUGCGUGCACUUUUGCUUACAAGAUGAUUUUGGAGGUUGACAUUCCAGAAGCUUAUAAGGCUUUGCCUAGUAAUCCCAACGCUCAUCAUUGCGCGAAUGGUUUGAAGCUGUUCAAUUCACCGGCCACUGGUUUGAACCAAGUUGUGCAUGACCUCUCUGCUGUGGCCACCUCCAUAAUUAGGAUGUUGCUGUGAGGGGUUGGGUUGGUGUAUUCGUGGAUGUAUUUAAUUAUCAUCCUCUAAAAUAAAUAGAUAAAUCUUUUUUUCUUUUAACUUCGUCCUUUUGUUAUGGAAUAAAGUUUUUGAUGCUCAUAUUGUUGCUUGAGUUUUUUUUGUUCUUUCCAAACUUUUUUUUUUUUUUUUUCUCCAUUUUGAUGGAUGAUUAGCAUAGAUUCGACCAGUUAAAGCUGUUGCCCUAACCAUGAUUCUACUUAUGUGUCCGUAAAAAUUCGUAAAAAUUAGCUAUAUGCUGAAAUCUAGAACAAAUGUAUUAGAAAUUGAAUUUAAGUAUGUUAAAAUCUCUUUUAAAUAUUAUUACUUUUAAUUUCAAUACACUUUUUGUGUUUCAUGCAUGCCAUGGUCGUUUAAA